UUACAAACACGUGUUGCGAGCAGCGGAUGCAGUGAAGAACCGAAAUCUGCGUUGGUUAUUAGAAGGUUUUUACAGUUUCUUUCGCAAAAUCUAUUUUUUUUGUUUAGGUACUCAACUCCACUAUCCUCCGUGAAGCACUUGCCGAGAGGACUUGUUUGAUUUUGAGCUCUUGACAGUAAAAGCUUAACAGAUAUAAUGACUGAAGCUGAAGUUAAUCCAAAGGCCUACCCACUUGCUGAUGCCACACUGAGCAAAACCAUUCUGGACCUGGUGCAGCAGGCGUCCAACUACAAACAGUUAAGGAAAGGUGCCAAUGAAGCCACCAAAACUCUGAACCGUGGGAUUUCUGAGUUUAUUGUGAUGGCUGCAGAUGCCGAACCUCUGGAGAUUAUUCUCCACCUGCCACUGCUGUGUGAGGACAAGAACGUGCCGUACGUGUUUGUGCGCUCCAAGCAAGCUCUGGGACGUGCAUGUGGAGUGUCUAGACCUGUUAUUGCUACGUCAGUCACCAUCAAAGAAGGCUCACAGCUGAAACCUCAAAUUCAGUCUGUGCAGAUGGCUAUUGAAAGACUCUUAGUUUGAGCACAUACCUUUCCACUUUUGUUUUAUGACCAGUUAUUGAUCUCUUUGUAUGGUCCUUAUGGGGGCUUUUUUCUUUUGUUAAUUGUGCACAUGAGAAUCAAACAAUGCUGUAUAUGAUCCUCAGCGUUGUACAGCCAAAAUAAAGUUUGGU